CUGUCUCCCAAGAAGACGUGGGAGGGAUUCAUAGGAGGGUUCUUUGGAACCCUGGUCUUUGGAUUCAUACUGGCAUACCUGCUAGCUCAGUUCCAGUACUUUGUCUGUCCCGUGGAAUACAACAGUGAGACCAACCGUUUCACUGCGGAGUGUGAACCCUCGGACAUUUUCGUGAUGCACGAGUACACACUGCCCUUCACUGUCCAGAGCAUCCUCAGAUGGAAAACGGUGACCAUCUACCCAUACCAGAUCCACAGCGUGGCUCUCUCCACCUUCGGCUCUCUCAUUGGUCCUUUUGGAGGAUUCUUCGCCAGCGGAUUCAAACGAGCGUUCAAGAUUAAAGACUUUGCAGACACCAUCCCUGGUCACGGAGGCAUCAUGGAUCGCUUCGACUGUCAGUAUCUGAUGGCUACCUUCACUCACGUUUACAUAGCCAGCUUCAUCAGGUAGGGGUCAUCACUUUAACGUAGCCAGCUUCAUCAGGUAAGGGUCGUCACUUUAACGUAGCCAGCUUCAUCAGGUAAGGGUCGUCACUUUAACGUAGCCAGCUUCAUCAGGUAAGGGUCGUCACUUUAACGUAGCCAGCUUCAUCAGGUAAGGGUCUUCACUUUAACGUAGCCAGCUACAUCAGGAAAGGGACGUCACAUUAACAUAGCCAGACAAAUACCCAUAAUGCACUACUUGGGGAAUAGGGACUAAUUGACAUAGUUUAUUAGCCAGUUUCCAUCAGCUUUUUAUCAGGCAUGGAUGAUCUUUAAGGUGAUCAAUAGGCAGCAACUGUUAAUUUAAUUAGGGGCUACUGGAACUGUUUUGGUGAAAAGCUGAGGGACUGUAACCAUUCACCGAUUCAUAGUCAGAUUUAUGGAUGCAAGGACUGACCAUCCAUGACAUCAAUAUUAUCAUUUUUUUUUUUUUUUUUUUACAAAAAAAUCCAUAUCGCAAUAUCAAUUUAUCGACAACGAUAAAGAGAACAAUCAUUGUUACUUUCCCCUUUAAACUUCUGCUAUUAGUGUGAUGGUUGUAGCCAUCAAGUGUCUCAUUAACAAUCACCCAUAUUAGCAAACUUGUUGUAUUUCAUUUUAAACUUCACAUUUCUCUAGUAACAGGCUACUUAUCAUAAUGAACGAUAUCAACAAAAUGCCUGCAAUGAGUGGUCGGUGUCGAUGAGUGGUCGGUGUCGAUGAGUGGUCGGUGUCCAUGAGUGGUCGGUGUCGAUGAGUGGUCGGUGUCGAUGAGUGGUCGGUGUGGUCUGUGUCGAUGAGUGGUCGGUGUGGUCUGUGUCGAUGAGUGGUCGGUGUGGUCGGUGUCUAUGAGUGGUCGGUGUCUAUGAGUGGUCUGUGUCGAUGAGUGGUCGGUGUCGAUGAGUGGUCGGUGUCUAUGAGUGGUCUGUGUCGAUGUGUGGUCGGUGUCUAUGAGUGGUCGGUGUCUAUGAGUGGUCUGUGUCGAUGAGUGGUCGGUGUCGAUGAGUGGUCGGUGUCUAUGAGUGGUCUGUGUCGAUGAGUGGUCGGUGUGGUCGGUGUCUAUGAGUGGUCGGUGUCUAUGAGUGGUCUGUGUCGAUGAGUGGUCUGUGUCGAUG